CACCUGACAAACCACAUUUCCUCAAUCCAGGCGCCUGUAGCGAUACUACUUUUCCCUCGAGGUCUCCGUGGGAUGGCAGCAGAAGCCGAGCGCCGCUCGUUCGUCGGAAACUAGGAUAGUUUCAGGAGGUCUUUGUAAGGAAUGACCUUUUGAGGGAACGUCGUGGAUACGAGCAGCGCGUUAAAGCCGCGGAGCCAGCGUGUAAAUGUAUGUAGACAUGGCAGGGCUGUGCACAUCCGGGCCACAGCACCGUGACUCCAUUAUUUUCUGUUCACUGUGAAACUGGCGUUUAGGGCAACCAAAGAGCAAUUCUAUAGCACAUUCGACUCGUUUUCUGUAGUAAUCAGCCUGGAUAAGGGUCAAGGACAUGUCUAAUCAAGGAGUUCGAAGAAAUGGACCCGUUAAAUUGCGUUUAACAGUUCUAUGUGCAAAGAACCUGGUGAAGAAAGACUUCUUCCGACUGCCUGACCCCUUUGCUAAAGUGGUGGUGGACGGUUCAGGGCAGUGCCACUCGACAGACACAGUGAGGAACACGCUGGACCCCAAAUGGAACCAGCACUAUGACCUGUAUAUCGGGAAGUCAGACUCCAUCACCAUCAGUGUGUGGAACCAUAAAAAGAUCCAUAAGAAACAGGGAGCGGGAUUCCUGGGAUGUGUACGACUCCUCUCCAACUCCAUUAACCGACUCAAGGACACGGGCUGUAAGUAUCAACGUUUGGACCUGAACAAGUUGGGGCCCAAUGACAGCGAUACCGUGAGGGGACAGAUAGUAGUUAGUCUUCAGUCCAGGGACAGGAUAGGCAGCGGAGGGCCAGUGGUGGACUGCAGUCGUCUGUUUGACAAUGACCUGCCUGAUGGCUGGGAGGAGAGGAGAACUGCAUCUGGCCGGAUCCAGUAUCUGAAUCAUAUCACACGCAGCACCCAAUGGGAGAGACCCACCAGGCCUGCGUCUGAGUACUCGAGCCCCGGCCGGCCGCUCAGCUGCCUGGUGGAUGAGAACACGCCCAUCAUGACGCCCAACGGGGCAGCGGGCGUACCUGCGGAUGACCCCCGUGUGCAGGAGCGGAGGGUUCGCUCUCAGAGACACAGAAACUACAUGAGCAGGACUCACCUACACACACCGCCCGACCUGCCCGAGGGAUACGAGCAAAGGACCACGCAGCAGGGUCAGGUGUACUUCCUGCACACGCAGACGGGCGUCAGCACAUGGCACGACCCCAGGGUGCCCAGGGAUCUCAGUAAUGUGAACUGUGAGGAGUUGGGUCCACUGCCUCCCGGCUGGGAGAUCAGAAACACAGCCACCGGACGAGUGUACUUUGUGGACCACAACAACCGGACCACCCAGUUCACAGACCCGCGCCUCUCCGCUAACCUGCACCUCGUCCUGAAUCCCAGUCCGAAUGGCUCCCGUGGUGCUGUUGAGGCUCAGAGCAGUCGUCCCGGACAGCUGAAGGAGCAGGCUCAGUCUGUCAUGUCUCCUGGAAAUCUCCCCGAGGACCCUGAAUGUCUCACGGUGCCCAAGUACAAGCGAGAUCUGGUGCAGAAACUGAAAAUCCUGCGCCAGGAGCUGUCCCAGCAGCAGCCGCAGGCGGGACACUGCCGAAUCGAGGUCUCGCGUGAGGAGAUCUUUGAGGAGUCAUACCGGCAGGUGAUGAAGAUGAGGCCGAAGGACCUGUGGAAGAGGUUGAUGGUGAAGUUCAGAGGAGAAGAAGGUCUCGACUAUGGUGGGGUCGCUAGGGAGUGGUUGUACUUGUUGUCGCAUGAGAUGUUAAAUCCAUACUACGGACUGUUCCAGUAUUCACGAGAUGACAUCUACACGCUACAGAUCAACCCAGACUCUGCCGUCAAUCCGGAGCAUUUGUCUUAUUUCCACUUUGUGGGGAGGAUUAUGGGAAUGGCUGUUUUCCACGGGCACUACAUCGACGGAGGCUUCACUCUGCCCUUCUACAAGCAGCUGCUGGGGAAACCCAUCACUCUGGACGACAUGGAGUCAGUGGAUCCUGAUCUGCACAACAGCCUCGUCUGGAUCCUAGAGAAUGACAUCGCUGGGGUGUUGGACCACACGUUCUGUGUCGAACACAAUGCAUACGGAGAGAUCAUUCAACACGAGCUCAAACCCAAUGGCAAGAGCAUCCCUGUCACCCAAGACACCAAGAAGGAGUAUGUGAGGCUGUAUGUGAACUGGAGGUUCCUGAGGGGCAUCGAGGCUCAGUUCCUGGCCCUGCAGAAAGGCUUCAAUGAGGUCAUCCCACAACACCUGCUCAAGGCGUUUGAUGAGAAAGAGCUGGAGCUUAUUGUGUGUGGCCUGGGGAAGAUCGACAUCAACGACUGGAAGUCAAACACCCGUCUGAAGCACUGCACGCCUGACAGUAACAGCGUGAAGUGGUUCUGGCGGGCCGUGGAGUCGUAUGAUGAGGAGAGGAGGGCCAGACUGCUGCAGUUCGUCACCGGCUCCUCCAGAGUCCCACUGCAAGGAUUCAAAGCCCUGCAAGGUGCUGCUGGACCACGUCUCUUCACCAUCCAUCAGAUCGACGCCAGCACCAACAACCUGCCCAAAGCACACACUUGCUUCAACCGUAUAGACAUUCCUCCGUACGAGAGCUACGACAAACUCUACGACAAGCUGCUGACGGCCAUCGAGGAGACCUGCGGCUUCGCUGUGGAAUGAUCCUCCGGCGCCGGCGCUCGCAGAGGAAGCUUUCUCCAGGCGGGACAGACCUGUCCGUCCGUCCGCCGGCAGACGUGUGGGCCUCACGAGGAGCUCGGCCGGAUUAUACCGCAGCACUCCACGCCUGAUGCUGCUACACAGAUCUUUCUGCAUUAUUUGAAAAGAGAGAAAAAAAACAACAGCUCUUUUCAGCUGCUAGUAACUCUUUUACUCACUAUUUUGGAACCUCCCCUUCCUCUUUUUGUUUUCAAGUCCAUACAUUGAUUUUUAGCAUUAAGACAACAUAAUACCAAUAUUUCAUGUAGCAUUUUCACAGACCAGACUUUUAAGAGAGGCCAGACUUUAGAGGGGCACGCAGAACAAGAGCUUCCUUACCGAAGACGAGACGAGAGGACGAUCACAUGGUGCUGGACCUUAGCGAGAUCAGGGAACUGGGCUCCACUGGCCUCUUCUGGGCCGCCCUACACCAGACACCAGACUGGCGUCAUCCGCUGACUGACUUAUAAGCUUGUUAAAAGUGAACGAACCAAUACAUGAAUUCUUAGGUAGGUAGGUAGUCUAGCUUUAUUUUUAUAUGAGAGGCGUGAGAGGACGAGGUUAAAAAAGUGAAACUAUACAGAUAUAAUAUAUUGGCACGGUCCCAGGAACCGUUGCCGAUGUCUCCAGAGCAGAAAAUGAAGCUGAGCCCAUUGAAAUGGCUUCAGGUUGGCUUUGGCUUGCUUUGAAAGUUCAAAUACCAUCUUUUUUUUUGUUUAAGAAAAAUUGUGAAGAAAAACAUUUUAAUGUGUUGCAUUACUGGUGUCAACUUUUUGGUAAACUGUAUUCUAAUCUGUCUCCGAUGUCAGUCGAACCCUUUAAUAGAUUUAAAUAUGAUGCAUGUUGAUGAGAUGUGUCUUCAAUUUCAUACCUUCACAUUAUAUCGUUACCAUUUAUUUUCUGGGCCUGUUUUUUAUUAGAAUUAUUAUUAUGAUGAUUUCCUAAAAGAAGAAAUGCAACUGUUUACCCCUCAUGGAAAUCAAGAGAGAGAAGUGUCCGUAUUUUUUUCUUUUUUGUAAUUUAUUAUUAACCCGAUAUAGUACCAAUUUACUGAUUUAUUUUUUUUUUACCAUGAAAAAUGUCUCUGGCCUUCAGUGAGCGUUACAGACGAACUGAAAGGAGGAUCUCUGUACUGCAGAACAAGAAACAAUUCUAUCUUUUAUACAAGUACAUCAGCUUUUGGUGUAAAUCUAGCAGAAAACAACAGAAGCAUGGCUCGUGUGCUCUUUGCAAGCCUCCCAAAUGCACAGCUUGAAAGCUUGUUCCUUCAGGAUUAUUAAAAGAAGCUGCAUAAAUAAACAAAUGCAGUUUUUUAAAUAUAUAUAUAGUUGAAUGUUUCUGAGAUGCUGCCUGUCUAUAGCAAUCCUCUAUGACCAUGUACUGUUGUUAAGAGUUUGCAUACGCUGAAACUGAGCUACACAUCUUUUCUUACUUUUUUAUCAGUUUGAGUGUGAACAAAAAAGGUGAAAAACAAAAAUGAAACAAAAUUAAUAAAAAAGCCUCUGGAUGGAUCAGGUAAAUAUUCAGAGAUGGUGCUUUGUAUAGUUAUAGAAUAUUGUUCAUAUAUGUGGGUCACUGGCUGCCAUUUAUCUUUAAUUGAAUCAGAUUUGAAAGAAGAAAAAAAAACAAUUUGCACACACACACUAUAUUAUAAUAGCUGUACAUAAUAGGCAAAUAUAUAUAAAUAUAUAAACUCUUUAUGGACUGAAUGAUUAUACGUUUCAUUUAAGUCUGGCGCACACAUAAAGAUCUCUUCAUCUUCUCUUCUUUUAAUAUUUUGUAUUUGUGUAGUUAAGUCGACCUCCAUAUGGACUGGAUGCCCUGUUGACUUUGAGAGGGUCGCUCCUUUACAGCAUGAUUUACUAGCAACACUUUUAACUUUCAUAGCUGACCAGUGCAAUUUGCUAAAUGUAACACACACUACCAUUUUUUUUUUUUGUGUGUGUGUUUUAUUUUUGUGUGUAAUUAGAUCUGAUUAAACGUGCCUUCCUGAUGGGA